UUGAGCAGGAGUGGUAUAAAUCUCAUGAUUCUAGUUUGGAAUGCUUUGAUGACAAUGGGUUAGUGGUGAAAUAUAAAAUUACCCCACACAAUAAGAUUCAUCACCAUAUUGUUACAUUUGAUUCCUCAAGUGAAAAAAGUAGCUGUAGUUGCAGAAAGUUUGAAUUUGCUGGGAUUCUGUGUUCUCAUAUUUUGAAGGUAUUCACCAUGAAAAAUGUUAUGAAAAUCUCAUGUGAAUACAUCAUGAAAAGAUGGACACGACAAGCAAAAGUUGGAUUUAUUGGAGAUUCGAAUCUCAAUAAAUUCAACUCGGAUCCAAAAAAUAUGCUUCAAAAUCUACGAUAUAGAGAAUUAUGUGGGUUGUAUGUUCAGUUGGUUACAAAAGCUUCUGAGGAUGAAGAUACUUACAGAAUUGUAAAAGAUGGUAUUUUGAAGAUGUUUGAUAUGGUGGAUAGUAGAUUUCAAGGUCAAGAGUUAGAUCAACAUGGAGAUGGAACAAGUUUGUUGUUAAAUGAGGCUCAAAUGCAAACUAAUGAAAGAAACACUUGUGGAGCCAAAGGUAUAAAGUCUAAAAACAAGACAACUUCCGGGAAAAGACUUAGAGGUGGCUUAGAAAACGGUUCAAGAAAAAAGAAAGUGGGGCGAAAAAAAGUCCAGCGUUUAUCCUCUGAUAAUUUGGAGGGUGUUCAAGGAAAUCAUGACAUUGUUUCUGAUGUGCCCUCCGUAUCUUAUCAAGGGGUCAAUGAAAUUCAGGAUUUUUCAGCAAGUUCAAGUCAUCAAAAUUUUGGUGGAUCCCCAUCAAUGAGCAUGACUAGCUUACUAUUGGCACAACAACCACUCGGCUUUGGCCCUUUUCAAACACAUAACUCGCAACAAAGCAUUAAUGUCGAUAAAUGAGCUCAUGAAGUCACUCGAAAAUCGACAAACCGAGAAGCCGAUUAAGAACUUUGAAAUUAGUUUAUCGAAGAUGCAGUUUAUGUACUCAUGGUGGAUCAAACAUUUGACUAAGGAUGCAAAAUCUGUCAUUUAUGUAGUAUUGGAAUUGCUUUUAGUUGAUUAAUUGCUUACAAGUUCUUAGAAUUUGUUUACUAUUGCUGGAUUGUAUUAAUUUACUUAGGAACUUACUCAAAUUUAUUGCUUUAUAAUGAAUGAUAACCAUUUUUUCGUUGCCUA